AUGACUUCUAACUUCACAACACAGAAUACAUCAAUACUGGCUACAGCUCCUUCAUUACAACUUGGAAUUUGGAUUACAACGGGUUGUGCAUGCUUUGCUUAUGGACUUGGUUUUGUUGGGAAUCUUCUAUCAUUGAUAGUAUUUUGCACACAAGAUGAAUUUCGAAAAAUCUCAACUGGCCUAUUAUUUAUGUUAAUAACAAUAUCAAACUUUAUUCAUUUAUGGACAUUAGCAUCAGACUAUCUCACUCUCUACAGUAUUGCUAUGUAUGCAAAUACUUUUAUGCAAUGUCGAUUAUCAUAUUAUAUACAGAAUAUCAGUCGUGCAAUGAGUACUUAUUGGAUGGUGACGGUGGCACUCGAUCGCUUAAUUCGUACUGAAUAUCCAAUGCGGUCAAAAAAGAUAUGUACCAAACAUAAUGUAAUUAUAAUAAGUAUAAU